AUGUCGCCUCCGCCCGCUGGACGCCCUCCGGUGCCUGAUGACCCUCUGGCGUACAUGGACCAGUUGGAUUUCAAUACAAAGAAAUUCCCGCAAUAUUGCCACCUGAUGAUGGAAGCGGGCGACGACGUGGGACCAUUUGAGGCAAAGAUCCGGGACGUUCGCGGAGAGGGAGGCCAGGCGCUGAGGAACGUCUCGGCGCUGCAUCAGCAAGACCGUGUGGCUUCUUCGUAUCCCUCUCUCCGCCGUUUCCUUGCCUUUCGAGGCUCGGAAAUCCAGUCUUCCCUCCCCAGCGCAACUGCGACGAUUCGUGCCCGACCCGUCAUCGCAGCCGCGUUGCUCAGUGCCUCAGUCGGUUACGCUAUCGCGGAGGCGGCCCUUCGAAAGGGAUUUGGGCGACAAGUUCCUUCCGCGACUCUUUCAGAACCUGGGGAGGCGGCGAAAGAGAUGCUGCAAACUCCCUUGUCGCUCUCGCCUCCCGUCGCAGAUCCUGCCUCACCCCUCAGCCACUGA